UAAGGUAGUCACCUGCCCAAGGUCACACAGCGAGGAAGUGCUUCGCAUACAGAAACCCCGCGGGCUUCCCGCCCUCGGAGCGGCCGCGGGAGGCCGGGAGGGCCCCUGCCUCCUCCCGCGGGGCCUGGCGGGCGGCCGCCUCCCGCUUAUCGCAGCCCCGGCCCCGCGGCCCCGCCCCCUCGGGGAGGCUGCCGCACGGAGGCGCCCGGCCGGGAAGGGCCUGGCCAGCUGUGUCCGGUGGAGGCAACUGCUGACCCAGCUGAGGACUGUGCCAGAGGUGGAGGCAGCGUGGAGAAGGAGCGCUGCCCCCCCGCCCACCCCGGGGCUGCAUCAUGGACCACCUCGGGGCGCCCCUCUGGCCUGGAGUCGGCUCCCUCUGGCUCCUGCUCACCGGGGCCGCCCUGGCUCCCCCUCCUAACGCCCCGGGCCCCAAGUUUGAAAGCAAAGCGGCCCUGCUGGUGGCCCACGGGCACCAGGAGCUCCUGUGCUUCACCGAGCGGCUGGAGGACCUGGUGUGCUUCUGGGAGGAAGCGGCCAGCGCGGGGGUGAGCCCCGACAACUACAGCUUCUCCUACCAGCUCGAGGGUGAGCAGUGGAAGCCGUGCCGCCUGCACCAGGCCCCCGCGGCCCGCGGGGCGGUGCGCUUCUGGUGCUCGCUGCCCACGGCCGACACGUCGAGCUUCGUGCCCUUGGAGCUGCGCGUCACGGCGGCCGCGUCCGGCGCGCCACGCUACCGCCGAGUCAUCCAGAUCAACGAAGUGGUGCUCCUGGACCCCCCCGCGGGGCUAGAGGCGCGGCGCGCGGACGAGGGCGGCCACGUGGUGCUGCGCUGGCUCCCACCUCCUGGGGCCCCCAUGGCGAGCCUCAUCCGCUACGAGGUGAACAUCUCCGCAGGCGGCGCCGCGGGGAGCGCGCGGAAGGUGGAGAUCCUGGACGGCCGCACGGAGUGCGUGCUGAGCAACCUGCGGCGCGGGACGCGCUACACCUUCGCGGUGCGCGCGCGGAUGGCCGAGCCGAGCUUCGACGGCUUCUGGAGCGCUUGGUCGGAGCCCGCGUCGCUGCUGACAGCCAGUGACCUGGACCCGCUCAUCCUGACGCUCUCCCUCAUCCUCGUGCUCAUCCUGCUGCUGUUGGCCGUGUUCGCCCUCCUCUCGCACCGCCGGACUCUGAAGCAGAAGAUCUGGCCUGGCAUCCCAAGCCCCGAGAGUGAAUUUGAGGGCCUUUUCACCACCCACAAGGGUAACUUCCAGCUGUGGCUGUAUCAGAAGGACGGCUGUCUGUGGUGGAGCCCCUGUACCCCCUUCGCAGAGGACCCACCUGCCCCACUGGAAGUCCUUUCUGAACGCUGCUGGGGGGUGACCCCCUUAGUGGAGCCAAGGACAGAUGAUGAGGGGCCCCUGCUGCAGCCAGUGGACGGUGAGCGGGCCCAGGACACCUACCUGGUGCUGGACAGGUGGUUGCUGCCCAGGAGCCCACCCAGCGAGGACCCCCCGCAGUCUGGUGGCGGUCUGGACAUAGCAGCCACGGAUGAAGGCUCAGAAGCAUCCUCCUGCUCAUCGGUUUUGGCCCUGAAACCAGAGGGGGCCUCAGCGGCCAGCUUUGAGUACACCAUCCUGGACCCCAGCUCCCAGCUCUUGCGCCCAAGGGCGCUGCCCCCUGAGCUGCCCCCCACCCCACCCCACCUGAAGUACCUGUACCUCGUGGUGUCGGACUCUGGCAUCUCAACUGACUACAGCUCAGGGGGCUUCCAGGGAGUCAAGGGGGACUCAUCCAAUGGCCCCUACUCCAACCCUUACGAGAAUAACCUUGUCCCGGCUCCCGAGCCUUCGCCUCCCAGCUAUGUGGCCUGCUCCUAGGACUCUAGUCCUCAGAUGCUGGCGGCCCAGCAUGGCCUCUGUGCUGGUCUAGGGCCCAGGCCCAUCUCGCAGGCCCGUGAGGCCUCCCUCGGGACCAGGGGCAUUUCUGAUCUUGGCUCUGUGCCUAACCCACCCUCAGGAAGUCACAACCUUGCAGUAUUUCUAAAUGUACAGGUGUAUUUUUUUUUGUUUUAUAUAUAUGUAUAAAUAUAUGUGUAGAUAUAUGGACAUAGACGGAUAGGUAUAUUGCUGCUCUUAUGGCUCAGGCUAUAUAGGGGAACAGUAUAAAAGACUGUGAGCUCAGUUUGAAAGUCAGGACUUGGAAGUCCGAAUAAUCAUCAUAAUAAAAUGGACUAACCACUAAAAGU